AUGGAUUUUUUUGAUCAAGAUCACUUUGGUGGCGGAGGUCCUGGCGGCCUCUUCGCGCAGUUAGCUCAAGGAUUCGGUGGCAUGGCUGCUAGGAGAAUUGGAAGACCAAAUCCCCGCGCAUACGACGAAUACUUUAAGGCCUACAGCGUCGCAAUGCUUCCCGGGCGUCCUCGAGAUAAUGUCAGUUAUGGUGGAAAGAUUAUAAUGCCUCCCUCUGUGCUCGCUAACCUCACGAACAUGGAACUCGAGUCGCCUUGGAUGUUCAAGCUCCGCAACCCCGGCAACCCUGCGGCCUCUACCCAUGCCGGUGUCCUCGAGUUCAUCGCAGAAGAGGGGUGCGUCCACUUGCCCCGGUGGAUGAUGAAGACAUUGCGCUUGGAAGAAGGCGACCCCAUCCGUAUCACCGGCUGCGAGCUUCCCAAGGGUAAACUAGUCAAACUCCAGGCUCAGAGCGUCGAUUUCCUCGAGAUCUCCGACCCUAAGGCCGUUCUAGAGCAGGCAUUGCGCAACUUUUCCGCGCUAACGCAGGGUGAUAUAAUUGAGAUCUCCUACAACUCAAUCGUCUUUGGUCUCUUGGUGAUGGAGACGCAACCGGGCGGCGAAGGCAUCAGUGUGCUCGACACAGAUCUCGAGGUCGACUUUGCCGCACCCGUAGGAUACGUGGAGCCAGAGCGGCCCAAGGCGGCCCCACAACCUACCAUGCGCGACAAACUCAACAUCGACCUCAGUUCAUCUACUCCUGGAUCGUCACGCCCAUCUUCGUCCAUGGGUUUCGCUGGCGCCGCUGCAAAGGGCCCUGCUAUCAGUAAGGGCGGGGACCAGUGGGAGAGCUUCAAGGGCAAGGGCGAGACGCUGCAAGGACGCAAGACCAAGGGCAAGGGCAUCAGCCACAGGAAGGCGGAGGCUGCGCCGGAGGGUAGCAAGAUCAUCCGUACUGACAAGCAGCGAAUCGUCACGGCCGACGCUCUUGACAACGAUGCCUACGUCCCUGCGCCGCUGAACUUGCCUUUCGGUCAACUGUUCUUCGGCUUCAACAUCCAGCCAUACGUUCCUCCAUCGCAGGAGCCAUCGGCCUCCCCGUCUCAGUCAAAUUCGUUUGCGGGAACAGGCAACACUCUCACUGGACGCUCUCAGCCAUCGUCAUCGGACAAGGGCAAGAGCAAGGCGCAAAGCUCCUCUACCACUACCUGGGGGUCCGGCGGUCAGACGCUGGGCAGACGUCCUACCCAGCCGGCAAGCUCGACCCCGCGUUCCGUCGGAGCAGGGGGCGCGUCCGUCCCGGUGCUCCCCUCUCGUGGUCGCGCUCAGCAACAACAAGCACAACGAGAGAGGAGUCCUACCCCGGACUUCGGUGUUGAUGAUGACGAGGACAUUCCCUACUACAGCGAUGACUAG